UUUAGUUUCGUUUUGUGCCUCGUUUCGUGCGGACGUCUUUAAUUGUGAUCUCGCUUCACAUCAUCACCUUUGUCACUCUAACGCUCUCUUGCGCUAUCGCUCUCGCUUUCACUCUCUCUCGCUCUCGCAAAAAUGCGCUCUCUUUGGCUCGGCUUCGGCAUGGCGCUCAGUGUUGUGUUGCUCUCAGCUCCACUGCAAGUGAGCGCUGGUCCAAAUUUAAUUUGCUAUUACGACUCUCGCGGCUUUCUGCGACAAGGUCUGGCUCAGUUUACAUUACCUGAUUUGGAGCUGGCACUGCAGUUUUGCACUCACGUGAUCUACGGUUAUGCGGGCAUUCAUCCGGAAACCUUUGAGAUGCAGAGCAUCAAUCGACCACUGGACUACGAUAAUCGUCACUUUGCCCAGGUCACACAGUUUAAGGAUAAGUAUCCCUACGUCAAGUUCUUGUUGAGCGUUGGCGGUGAUCGUGAUACUGAAUUUGAGGAGAAAUACGUCAAGCUACUGGAAUCCGGUGUGCAGGGACAAAGACGUUUCAUUGAAUCGGCCAAGGACUUGGUGCGUCGCUUCAACUUCGAUGGCCUCGAUUUGGCCUUCGAGUUGCCGCGCAAUAAGCCACGCAAGGUGCACUCCGAUGUGGGCAUGGCAUGGAAGAGUUUCAAGAAGUUCUUCACCGGUGAUUUCGUUGUGGACACCAAUGCCGAUACGCACAAAACCCAGAUGACUGAGCUGGUCUCUCAGCUGAGCAGCUCUCUCAAAGCCAACGAUCUGCUCCUCUCGCUCACUGUGCUGCCCAAUGUCAACUCCAGUUGGUAUUAUGAUGCACCUGCCAUCGCCACUAAGGUUGACUUUAUCAAUCUGGGCACCUUUGAUUUCCUGACACCCGCCCGCAACCCCGACGAAGCCGACUACACUGCUCCGCUCUACGAGAUCAACAGCGAUAAUCGUCUGCCCCACUACAGCGUCAACUUCCAGAUGGAGCAUUGGCUGCUUCAGCGCGUGCCGUCCAACAAGCUGAACAUUGGCAUUGCCACCUAUGGACGUGCCUGGAAACUGACUUUGGACUCGGACCAUGUAGACAAGCCUGUGGUAACGAACACUAAUGGUGAAGCGCCAGCUGGACCGCAAACAAAAACACCCGGAAUGCUCAACUGGGCGGAGAUCUGCAAGCUGCUGCCCAAUCCCAGCAACGUCAAUGGCAAAGGCGGCGAUGCGCCCAUCACACGUGUCCCCGAUCCCACGAAACGUCAUGGAAGUUUUGCAUAUCGUGUGGCGGAUUCGGAUGGCGCUCAUGGACUGUGGGUCAGCUUCGAUGAUCCCGAUACGGCAGGCAGCAAGGCACAAUAUGCGAAGGCCAAGAACCUGGGCGUCGCCCUCUUCGAUCUGACGCUGGACGAUUUCCGUGGCCAAUGCACCGGAGAUCGCUUCCCCAUGCUGCGUGCCAUCAAAUAUCGACUGCUCUAAAUACUCCUUACUCCUUACUCCUGACUCCCUCUAUCUCUAUCAUCCAGGGAGUGCAAGUAGUGUCUCUCCCUCUCCUUCGAUCUAUCUGUUUCGCUUGCAAAUUAAUUACAAAGUUGUAAACUAAAAUACACUGCAAAUUAAUUCAUUGGCCAUUAGGGAACUGCAAAACGCGUUGCUUGUUUCCCAUACUGAA